AUGUGGCCUGCCGCGGACCGUGCUGCGCCACCGCUGCCGGUUGUGGUGGCGCACGCCGUCCGGGAACCGCCACAGCCGCUAGCUGCUGCGGCGGCCAGGCCAGGCAGGCCGCGGACUUGGGCCCGCCACCGCCGCUGCCGCUGCCGUUCUGGCCGAGGCCGAGCUUGGCAGCGCCGCAGCCUUGCACCCACUGGACCUGCCACCCAUCGCCGCCACCGCCUCUACGCCGCGUGGACUCCAUCACUGCUAUCUGCCAUCACCGACUGCGUUAAUUUCCACCGCUGCUGCAGACUAAGUACGCCUGCGGCCCACCACAUGGAUGCAGUGACUUUUGAUGAUGUGCAUAUCACCUUCACUGGAGAAGAGUGGAAUUUGCUGGAUCCUUCCCAGAAGAAUCUCUACAAAGAUGUGAUGCUGGAGACCUACUGGAACCUCACCGAUAUAGGUAAGACUGGCUACAAUUGGGAAGAUCACCAUAUUGAAAAAAAUUUAAACGUUUCUAGAAGACACAAAAGGCAUAUAAGUCAUAGUGGGGAAAAACCAUAUGAAUAUAAUCAAUGUGGUGAAGCCUUUGCACAACCCAGUCGUCUCCGAAAUUAUAAAAGAAACCAUACUGGAGAGAAACCUUAUGAAUGUAAUCAAUGUGGUAAAGCCUUUGCAAGACCCAGUCAUCUCCAAAGACAUAAAAGAAUACAUACUGGUGAGAAACCUUAUGAAUGUAAUCAAUGUGGUAAAGUCUUUGCCCUACACAAUCAUCUCCAAAAUCAUAAAAGAAUACAUACUGGAGAGAAACCUUAUGAAUGUAAUCAAUGUGGUAAAGCCUUUUCACAUCAGAGUAGUCUCCAAUAUCACAAAAAAACACAUAAUGGAGAGAAACCUUAUGAAUGUAAUCAAUGUGGUAAAGCCUUUUUAUGUCAGAGUAGUCUCCAGUGUCAUAAAAGAACCCAUACUGGAGAAAAACCUUAUGAAUGUAAUCAAUGUGGUAAAGCUUUUGCAAUACCCAGUGUUCUCCAAAGACAUAAAACUACACAUACUGGAGAGAAACCCUAUGAAUGUAAUCAAUGUGGUAAGGCCUAUUCACAAGAGAGAGCUCUCCAAUAUCACAAAAGAACACAUACUGGAGAGAAACCAUAUGAAUGUAGUCAGUGUGAUAAAGCCUUUGCAAGACCCACUCAUCUUCAGUUACAUAAAAGAACACAUACUGGUGAGAAACCUUAUGAAUGUAAUCAAUGUGGUAAAGCCUUUGCAAGACCCAGUCAUCUUCAAAGACAUAAAAGCAUACAUACUGGAGAGAAACCUUAUGAAUGUAAUCAAUGUGGUAAAACAUUUUCACAACUGACUACUCUCCAAUAUCAUAAAAGAACACAUACUGGAGAGAAACCUUAUGAAUGUAAUCAAUGUAGUAAAGCCUUUGCAUGUCACAGUCAUCUACAACGUCAUAAAAGAACACAUACUGGAGAGAAACCUCAUGGAUGUAAUCAAUGUGGUAAAGCAUUUUCACAACGGAGUACUCUACAAUAUCAUAAAAGAACACAUACUGGAGAUAAACCUUAG